GAAGCGGAAGCCUCAGUAAAAAGUAUUUUCAGUUUGCUGUCAGAAUGGCAACAGCGUUGACUGCCUCAAGGUCUCAAGCACACGUCUUCACCGCGGAAAGCAUGUUGUGGCUGUUCCGAUUGCUCCUGCUUGUCUUCUGCUUUGGCCCAGGGAAUCCAGUUUCACAAACCAGCUCAACCCCAUUGAUGGUGAAUGGGGUUCUGGGGGAGUCAAUAACUCUUCCCCUGGAGUUUCCUGCAGGAGAGAAGAUCAAGACCAUUACUUGGCUUUACAAUGGAACAUCUAUUGCCUUCAUAGAACCCUGUGAAGCCAAAAGUCCACAAAUCCACCUGACUAAUCCGAAAUGGAGAAAGCGACUGAACUUCACCCAGUCCUACUCCCUGCAACUCAGCAACCUGGAGAUGGAAGACACAGGCUCUUACAGUGCCCAGAUGUCCUCAGAGACCGCUGCAAAUGUGUCCAGUUACACUCUGAGGAUAUUCAGAAAACUGAAGAACAUACAAGUUACCAAUCACAGUCAACUAUCUCGGAAUAGGAUCUGUGAGAUCCAUCUGACUUGUUCUGUGGAGGAUCCAAAUGACAACAUCUCAUUCAAAUGGGAGGCCUUGGGAAAGACACUUCUAAGUGAGCCAAACCUCACUAUCUCCUGGGACCCCAGGAAUUCCAGUGAACAGGACUACACCUGCAUAGCAGAGAAUGCCGUCAGCAAUUUAUCCUUCUCUGUUUCUGCCCAGAAACUUUGUGGAGAUGUUGAAAAUCAAUAUACAGAUACCAAUAUGAUUCUGGCUGUGAUUCUUGGGGCAGGCAUAGUCAUCAUAUUAAUCAUCGUGCUAUUACUUGUUUUGAAGAAAAGAAGAGCAGGUUCCCUUCCUUUGUCUAUUCAGCAAACACGUGGUCCCGCAGAGUCCGCGGGGAACACAGGCGAUGCUUCAGUCUCUCCAGUGAACAACACUGUGUAUGCUUCAGUCACUCAUUCAACAAGGGAAAUGGAAACCUCAACACCUGUAGAAAAUAAUCUUCUCACGAUUUACUCCACAAUUAAUGAUUCCAAAGAGAGUAAACCCACUUCUUCCAGGGCAACUGCCUUUGACAAUGUCAUGUAAGCUGCUGAAAGGCCUCAAAGGAAUUCAAGAAUGACGCAUCUUCUGAUCCCAUGGAAGAGAACAAAGAGCAGGAAGCUUGCUUUUCUGCCCGCCAACAGAAUUUGAAUAUCUGGGAUAGGAUUAUCAUCUCCACUCCUUCGGAUUUAAACCUGCUUACCCAUGUCAAACACCUAAGGACAACAUCACUUCCAGCAGGUGGCUCAGACGAUAUUUUCCAAUUCACUUCAGACCAAAACAUGCUAAAGAUAACACACCAGCAGACUGACUCUCUCUUUGAUAAAUAAGCAAAUGGAAUUAUGGUUGACAGAGAGUUUAUAAUCCAGAAGACAACCACUUCUCUCCUGUUAGAAAGCAGCAGGAUUGUGACUUACUGAGAAAUAAUACAGUGUAUUUGUUACAUGUGUAGUCUCUGGAGUUGGAUAGGCCCAUGCUCAUAUGCUGAUACAAGUUGAGCAUCCCUGGUCUGAAAUGCUUGGGACUAGAAUUGUCUCAGAUUUCCAUUUUUUUUCAGAUUUUGAAAUAUUUGCAUUGUAUUUACUGGUUGAGUAUCCCAAAUCCAAAAAUCUGAAAUUCAAAAUCCUCCAAUGAGCAUUUCCCUUGAGUUUCAUUCAUGUGGGUGCUCAAAAAGUCUCAGAUUCUGGAGCAUUUCAGACAUUGGAUUUUUGGAUAUGGGAUGCUCAACUUGUACAAUACUUAAUAGACGAAUCUCCUGGGACAUAUUGCCUAACCUCGAGGAGCCUUAGUCUCACAGACAGAAAAAGGAAGAGGAUGGUAUCAUAUCAGCUCCAUUGUUUGAGCCAAUAAUCUAAGUCAUCCUUAACUCCAGCGUCUUUGUCACCAGGCCCUUUGGACUCUAUCUCAAAAAUAUUUCUUGGACCUUCCACUUCUCCCCCAACUCCUUGACCACCAUCCUGUAUCACCACCUCUAACCUGGAAUCCUACCUUAACCUCAGAACAAUUCUUCUCACUUUUGUUUUUUGUCCCUCUCCAACCCACUCUCCACAAGACAGCCAGACUAAUGUUUUUUUUUGUUUGUUUGUUUUGUUUUUUUUUUUGAGAUGGAGUUUCGCUCUUGUUACCCAGGCUGGAGUGCAGUGGCG